CAUACCCCCCUCUGCUGUAUUUUCAGACUGGAGCUACUGAAGCUCGAUGCUCAUACCACCGAGUCGCUCCGCUUUGGACACCCACCCUUCUCCACCGCACCGCCGCCUGAGCUGGCGGAGAAUUUCCGUCUGGGUACAGGAAGAUGGUGGGAGUGACGGGAGCUGCCUUGUCUUCCCCUGGAUAAAUCGGGAAAACACAUAAAAACGUGUUUUUAUUAGCCUACCCGGACCCGGGCAAUAGGGAGGUAACCUUAACCGUCACCGAACCUUUCGAACGGAAGAGGACGCGAACGCAACAAGGAGUGGACUCUCUCCUGCUAUGCUUCUUCUGGGCACAUGCAUGCAGGCAGCAUAUAAUCUCGAGCUAUCCAGACUUGAGGAAUUUAUGGAACAGACAGCCAGCACAUUUCGCGAACUAUGUCUUAUUCGUUGGUAAUUGAUUAAAGGGAAGCAGGAUCAAUGAUAUAUUGUUUCUUCCUCAUGGGAAUUCGGUAUUCCUUUGGGGAAAGCAAAGAGGAGGAAAUUCACAGAAUCUCUCCAUGCACUCCAUAGUUAUUCUCUACUCCACGCGUUUACAGUCCUGGCUACUUCUGUAGCCUAUGACGAAGGAACCACGGCCUGGGAAAAAGUUUCUAGGCUUUGGAUACAGAAGGGAGCACAGUAGUGACGUUUCUGGAUACGUUUUUGCUUCAAUUUUAAACUGCAGUUUUUGUUUUUAAAAGCCUGUCCUGUUCAUUGGAUAGGCCUAUCCUAUGGGAAAUGUGAAUAUUCGAUAGGAAUAUUUAGUAGACAUAACUUGACAGUUUUGUAUUUCAGUCUAUAUAUUUAAUAGACUAUUCAUACAAGGGUGGGUGUUUCUCAUAGCUUUCUGUUUUGCCAACUCUUACCAACAAGUUUGUUCAAGACUCCAGCCUAGUAAAAGGAGUUGGCUUAUAUCAGCUCAGCUGUCAUAUUUUGGGUACUUAUCUCUCGAUUUAAAAUCGCUUUUCAAGAUCUCAUAAUUACUGUAUCUGUACAGUCCCUGUCGUCUUGGAAGUGGGGAUAUUACCGAUGUAGAGAUCCGUAGAGGGAGGUCAGGAAAAGACGGGGCUGGAGCUUGGGAAUAGGCCCGGCUGUGGAAGAACUAUAGACUGGGUAUGGGGGGACAGCUAGACCGCUAAACGGACGCUGCCUGCCUGGCUGCUGGUUUUGGGUGGUCGUGAACCAACCGACCCACCCACCUACCCGACCCGACAGCCAAAGCCUAACUCUUCAGCUUGGCUAGUAUAACACGAAAGUAUUCACCCACACUAGGGCUUUGAAAUAGUCAGAAAGGGAAAGGAGGACAUGCUAUACGAGUUUAUGCUAUGAAUGUUAGCCUAUUAUUUUCAACCGUUGACUCAUAACUAAAACGGAAAGAGGAUAAACGCUUGUUUUUUUUUCCAAGGGAAAGGAACUUUAAAGUGACUUGUUUUGGAGCGGGUGCUCCGAUAAGAUAAGAAGGGACAGAAGCUGUAACUUUGUCGCAAUGUUCUAGCCAUGUGUAGCUUGUUAUUGGAAUGAGUGGGACAACAAUCUACUGUGUAUAGCCUACAACUCCUAAACAAGACACACACAAUAUGGGUCGUUUUGGACUUGGAAACAUUAUUUAAAUAAUGUUCUCUUUUUGGAUUGUGUGUGUAUUAACAUGUAACAAUAACAUGGGGACAUUAUUUUGAUCAUCAGUGAAGAAGACACGUGAGGACUUCUUGAGAGCGAGGCUCGAGCUGUCACUGGCGGCUGUCAAAACACUGCGCGUGGUGUGGAAUAAAAAGUGAAUAUUUGAACAACUGAUCCCAGAUUGGCUUUUUAAACCUGAUAAAAAUCGUAAUGUGAUAAAAAAAACGUAAUAUCGGGGAAGGAUGUAUAAAGAAGGGGAGAGGAAAGACGAAAGGACUUUCAAUUAUUUCAACUGCCAGAUGAAAGCGAGCAGAGCAGCACACGAGUACAAAGUGGACAGCGAGGGCUUCCAAAGGCAAGGGACGAAUUAAUGGAAUGUGAGUGCUGACGUAAUACAGAGGUCGGGAUAAUGAACUACCCAAGAGCCUGGAACGGUCCUUUUUAUAUGAUCUUCCUCUGCCAGAUGUUUCACUUAGUACUGUUACCUCAUUGCCCGCGCACCGUCCGCCAUCAUUGAUCAGAUAUUAGUAUUUCCCCCUUCACGUCACUCCAGCCAUCAUAAUGGCCUUGCAGCCGCUGCAACACCGGCAGCAGCAGCUUCUCCCACAUGCCACGGAGGUUAGCUGCGCCUCAAGCAGUGACGGCGCAGUGACUGUGCGGAUUAUCGACAACACUAAGCACACACAGCACGCGCCGUCGCCACAGCAUCGACAAUAUCAUGACUCACCCCCAACCCCAACGACAAGGGACAGCAAUACCAGAGGAGGAGGGAGUGGAGUAGAUGGGUCUACCACUACCGCCAAAGGAGAUCCCUCCAAACCCUGCACCAAAUACAGCAUCUCGUCCAGCUGUAGUUCAGGGGAGUCGGGAGUUCGGAGGGCUGUUAUGAAUAAGUUACACAGCCAGCAGAAGACUCUGCCCCAGUUGUUUGAGAGGUCUGCUGCCCAGUGGUGGGACCCCAAGUUUGAUUCCCCCAUACUCGAAGAGGCAUGCCGCGAGAGGUGCUUCCCGCAGACUCAACGCCGCUUCCGCUAUGUUCUGUCAUACAUGGCCUCUGCCUCGCUCCUUUGGGGCGUGUAUUUCGGGGUCAACCAUGACCGCUGUGACCCGGCGACCUUCCUCGCCCCGACCGCCUCCUUCCUCCUUUUCCUGCUCAUCCUCUUCCUCUUUACAUUGACAAGGCCCUAUGCUCACCUGUACAACCAGGCCUCGCUGCUCCUCAUUGUGACCACAUUCGCCAUCACUCUGGCUCCUCAGAUCCAGACAGGAGGCUUUGUCUACCUGGAGAGAACCAGGGAUAUCAACCGGACAUUCCCUCGCACCCCAGGCGGAGUGGGCCCUACUCGGGCUCCCUGCAUCUCCCCAGUGGGCACCUUCUCUCUGUGUAUGGAGGUCCUGCUACUACUCUACAGUGUUCUCCAUGUGAGGCUAUAUGCUUCAGUUUUACUGGGGCUCCUGUAUUCAGUACUAUUUGAAGCCUUAGAGUGGCUGCCCCUGCUCCAGGGGAGAGAUGGCAGUGGAGGAAAUUAUGGGGGGAAUAGGUGGGGCGAGGCUGGGGUUGGAGGUGCAGAAGGGUCCCUAGGUUCUGGAUCUAGUCCUGGAGGUCUUGGUUCUUCUAACUUGGAAUGGGACACCCUCCGCUGGCUGGGCCCGGCUAAGGCCCUCCUCCACCUGUGUGCCCACGCCAUCGGCAUCCACCUCUUCAUCAUGUCCGAGGUGCGAUCCCGCUCCACCUUCCUCAAGGUGGGCCAGGCCAUCAUGCACGGCAAGGACCUGGAGGUGGAGAAAGCGUUGAAGGAACGCAUGAUCCACUCUGUCAUGCCGAGGAGGGUCGCCGAUGAACUGAUGAAGCAGGGGGACGAGGAGAUGGAGGGGAACGCAGGGAAGAGAUACUCUGCCGGGGCUUGUUCGGCUGUGUCCACGGUCGGAGGUCCUGGGGGGGCUUCUUCGAUCGCGGCGAGCCCUAAGAACCAUCCCCAUCAUCAUAGUCAUCUUAAGAGGAAGAAGACUUCGAUCCCCAGAGGCCAGAUCAUCUUCAGGCCAUUCAACAUGAAGCGGAUGGAGCCUGUUUCUAUCCUCUUUGCGGAUAUCGUCGGCUUCACCAAAAUGUCUGCAAACAAGUCCGCCCACGCCUUGGUGGGGCUCCUCAAUGACCUCUUUGGCCGUUUCGACCGGCUGUGUGAGCUGACGCGCUGUGAGAAGAUCAGUACACUGGGAGACUGUUACUACUGCGUGGCGGGAUGUCCCGAGCCACGCCCUGACCAUGCGUACUGCUGUGUCGAGAUGGGACUAGGUAUGAUCGUGGCCAUUGAGCAGUUCUGCCAGGAGACGUGUGAGACGGUGGACAUGAGGGUGGGGGUCCACACCGGCACGGUCCUCUGUGGGAUCCUGGGGAUGAAGCGGUUCAAGUUCGACGUGUGGUCCAACGACGUCAACCUGGCCAACCUCAUGGAACAAUUGGGCGUCGCCGGGAAGGUUCACCUAUCAGAUGCCACCGCCGGGUUUCUGGAUGAUCGGUACCAGCAGGAGGACGGGCGGGUGUUGGAGAGGGCGACGCAGGGCCUGAUGGAGAAACUGAAGGGGAUGAAGACCUACCUGAUCUCAGGGAGGAAGUUAGAGCAUGCUCAGUGUGGUUGCUCUCAGGACAUCCUGACCCCGUGCCCUCGCCCCCACACCUCUGCCCUCAUGCCUGGGGGGGCUGCUUCCCUCUGUGUGUCCUGCACUGUGAAUGGGGAGCAGACAGAUGAGGGGGCUGGACUCAAUGGAUGCCAGGAUGAACAUAAGACUAACAGCGCCAAGUUUACUCCAGGCUGCAGCCCCAGGGCUCUGAAUGGCAUUCUCAGUCCUCCACUGGAGGACUCGGUGAUGGCCAGCCAGAGCUCUCUAUGUGACAUGCUUCAGGAGAAAGAAAAGAAGACCAGUACGGGCACAGGGACGGGUACCAGCCUGGGUAUGGGGGGUCCAGGAGGGGCGGGACCGGGGGGCACAGGCAUGGACCACUCCGCCCUCAUCCCGCUACGCUCCAAGAACUUCAGGGAGAAGAGUGACGUCCAUUUUGUUGAUGUCAUCAAGGAGGACAGUCUGAUGAAGGACUACUUCUUCAAGCCUCCCAUCAACAAGCUGAGCCUCAACUUCCUGGAGAGACCUCUGGAGACAGCCUACCGCGUCAGCUACCAGGAGGAGGUGGAGACCCAGGCCCCGGUGCAGACCUUCGCCAGCCCUACCUUCAGCUCCUUCCUGGAUGUUCUCCUAUCCUGCUCUGUGUUCCUCGCCCUCACCUUGGCCUGCUUCCUGGUUCCCAUGGUCACCAUGGAAACGCCUCCGGCAACCGUCCUGGGAUUGGCUACCGCUGCUGGUCUGUUAGAGCUGGUCUCCCUGGUGCUGUCCAUACGUAUGACGUUCUACCUGGACAACGUGUUGGGCUGUACCCAGACCUUGCUGAGGGUGGUGUCAGGCUGGAUCCCCCGUCAUGUGAUCGGGGCCGUGCUGGUCUCACUUCCUGCCGUGUCCGUGUUCUCACACCUUGCCUGCAGCCUCCACCUUCCCAUCCAGGUAACCAUGUUCCUGUGCUGUGCAGUGACCAUAGCCAUCAUCCAGUACUGUAACUUCUGCCAGCUGAGUUUCUGGAUGAGAUCUGCCCUGGCCACAGCUGUUGGUGUGGCUCUACUAGUGCUGCUCCACAGCCCCCUCAACAGGACAGGCUCCAGUAAUGACAGUUCUCCAGCGAUGGGUAACCUCACCAAUGAGACAUGGUCCACUCCAGAACCACGUCCAGACGCCAUGGACCCCGUGAGACCCCUAGACCUACUGGUCCCAGAAGCAGUACUCACCUACUUCCUCCUCCUCCUAUUGGUCUGGUUCCUGAACCACGAGUUUGAGGUCAGCUACCGUCUCCAUUACCACGGCAACAUAGAGGCCGACAAGCACCGCGUCAAGAUCCAGAACAUGCGGGACCAGGCCGACUGGUUGCUAGGCAACAUCAUCCCAAUCCACGUCGCCGAGCAGCUCAAGGUGACCCAGUCGUACUCCAAAAAUCACGACAACGCCGGGGUUAUCUUUGCGAGUAUUGUGAAUUUUUCUGAAUUCUACGAGGAAAGUUACGAAGGCGGGAAGGAGUGUUACCGAGUGCUCAAUGAGCUCAUCGGCGACUUCGACGAGUUGCUACGGAAACCGGACUUCGCCAACGUGGAGAAGAUCAAGACGAUCGGCGCCACGUACAUGGCGGCGUCCGGACUGAACCCUCAACAGUGCAUUGACGACUCCCACCCAAACUCUAACCACCUGAGGGCACUGUUUGACUUCGCCCUCGAGAUGAUGGGUGUUUUGGACGACUUCAAUAAAAACAUGCUAGGCUUUGGGUUUAAGCUCCGUAUCGGGUUCAACCAUGGUCCCCUGACGGCGGGGGUGAUCGGCACUACCAAGUUGCUCUAUGACAUCUGGGGAGACACAGUGAAUAUUGCGAGUCGCAUGGACUCUACAGGGGUGGAGUGUCGGGUACAGGUGAGUGAGGAGAGCCACUCGGCGCUCAGCGGAAUGGGCUUAGAGUUUGACUACCGCGGUACCGUCAAUGUCAAGGGCAAAGGUCAAAUGAGGACCUUCCUGUAUCCCAGGAGCGCUGAAAGAGGUGGGCAGCUAUUGGCUGAGCCUUGGCUAAAGCCACAUCAAUUAGUUGCUGUUUUGCCCCCGGUGAAACCUGUCCAAUCACAGGCAGCCGUUGAACCCAUGGGGGAAGGGGACGCCGUUAAUACGACCAAGUCUGAUGCAAGUGCCAAUGCGCCACCCCCUCCUUUAUCCUCUUCUUACACUCCUCCCACAUCCUCCUCUUCCUCCACAUUCACCCCCCAAGCCUCUUCCAUAGGACCUCCUGUAGCUCCUUCAGGACUAGGGCCAGAGCCAGGCCCGGCCAAGCCCUGCGGGGUGAGGGCAGAUCGGGCAGAGGGGUACAGGGACGCUCCUCCAAUCCCACCAGGAAUCCCCCAAACUGGGGCUGGCCACCCCGCUGCUACGGGCACGGACCCUCACCCCCUUACCCUGGACCUAGACCCGGAGCUAGUACCCUGUACCUUGGCACAGCCUGAGGAAGAGGAGGAGGAGGAAGUGAAUGAGCUGACAAGGCUCAAUAAGGAGGAUUUCAUGUCACGCCUUUGAUCCAUCAAGUGCUGAUCUAGGAUCAGCUCCCCCUUAUCCAUAUAAUCCUAUUCAUUAUGAUUUUAAAGUCGAAACUGAUCCUCGAUCAGCACUCCUUUCUCUGAGCUGAGCUGAAGACAGAAGUAUCUACAGAUACAGGUUUGUAGGGAUGGGAGGAGUUUUCCCCCUAACUUAUCCAUUAAUCACCUUUCUGAACCAAAACAGAUGUUUUCACAUGAUGAAAUGUGACUGCAGACAGAGUGACCUUUGGACAUUGACUUGUAGUCAAGCUAUGAUGGCUCAUCACUUUUCUAUAGGAAGGGGGAGGGCUGUGUUGAGCACAGUUAUUGUGGCACAAUAUAAUGCAGGGGGAGGGAGGAGGAGGAGUAGAGAAAGGGUUUUUGCUUGUUGGUGUUGAGGUUUUAUUUUUCUUAUGCUUUGGUUGAUAUGUAAAGAAGUGCCUUCAGGACAAGAACCGUUAACGAACAAGAAAUGAAUAUGGAACAAAAACACAAAAAAGGUUGGAACAAUCUUUAGCAUGACUUAUUUUUUCUAUUUCAAACCUAGUCUACCGAUGAUGCUGUGGUUCUUUUACUACAAGUUGUUUUUUCAAUGCAAUUUAUUUUGUUAUUGCAUCGUUAUCGUUUGUGCCAUAUUCAGUUUUUCACUUGAUCAAUUGUAGCCUAUUCGCCUGACCGUAAAGGGAAAUAAAUGACGUGCCAGACAGUGGUGGAUCAUGGGUAAGAAGCAGGGAGUUAUGGGUAGAAUAAGGGAAUGAUAAAAAGCAGUGUUAUUGGUGUUUCUGCUUUGAGACGAUGGCUUAGAGUGUUUGUGAUGUGCUACAUAGACCCAAUACUAAAGGGAAAACCAACAUAGAGAUUUAUCUUCACACUGACGCUUUUUAUGUCCAACUUUUCAGGAAACACAUAAAAAAAAAAAAAAAAUUAAAAAAAAACUUCCGUAGAGCUUCUUUAAGUGGUCUGUGGAACAUAACUGUCAGAACCACAGAUCUCCUCACUGGGUCUCACACAACUUCUCCUAGACCUCUCCUAAAUGGAAAUGGCAAAUUGGGAUGGUAGCCCAUACCAAGCAGUCUUGACAGUAAGAAAACUGAACACAUACGUUAUAGCACUCUCAAGUAACGAUUAUACUCUAACAAGUAUACUGAAAAAGCACAAAUCUAAAAAUCGUUUAAUGGAAUCAUAGUGUUGGAAAUUAAAGGGACUAUUUGGUUAUAUCAAAAUGGGAAAGCACUUAAAAUCUUUAGGGAUAAUAUGUAUUAAAAGUAUGACAUUCGCCAAAAGGAACAGAAUUCAUUACAAACAGUUUAUUAACAUGUUAUAACAUGUAUUAAUGUGUAUUGAAGUGAAAACUAGAGUUUGUAUGAAGUUCUAUCCAUUGUGUUAGUUGCCACAGAAACAAAUGAUUUCGACCGACACCAGAUUCAACCAAUGGCUAAUCACGGCUGCCUUUAGCUUUGUGUGACAUGCUGGUUGGGGUGGGACGUUUAAUAUUUUAUUCAAUCACAGCCUCUGCAUGAGGGAGGCUCUACUGUAUUAAUGUACUUAAAAUGUGCCACUUUCAUCAAGUUAUUAUUUGGGUGCAAUGCAACCUAUAUUUUUCAAAGUUUUCCUUUUCGAGUACAUUUUUUGUAGUGCCUAAAAAAAAUUUUUUUUUGUUGAGUUAGUAUGAUAAGUAUGAUAAGCGAUGAUGAUGAUGAUUGUAUGUUUUAUGAAAUGAUGAAUCGCCUUGAGCAGUUCCAACUGCAACUCCUGUUUUGAGAAAAUCAACAACUUGCUCACUUGGUUUUUUCUUUCUCUCUCUCUCUCUCUGACUGAUUCUCUGUGAAUUCUAUGUGAAGGGUGGUGUGCCCAAGGUCUCUUCCGUGCUCCCUCGCUUUUCUCUUUUCUCUCACCUUGCCUUUUCCCCUCUUCUGCUCAAGCUUUUACUUCUGAAAGGAUGGGUCUAUAGGGGAUUCAUCUGUAGCCCUGGCACUUUUGUGUCUUACAUUACAGACAGAAAGUAGUAGGAACAUCUGUGUGUAUGUGUGCGCGUGUGCUUUUCCCCCUAAGUCUAUUUGACUAAGGAGAAAGACUGAAAGUUGAAGUUGCCCCAUGGUGCUGAUCAAGGGUCAGUUUUGUGUUUUAAUUCCUAAUGGUCGAUGCUCGGACUUGGAUCUGAUGAGUAAUCCUUUGGGAUACCUCUACUCUAAACUGCAGGGAGAACCAAUAAGAGCUAGUUUAAGGGUCUUUAAGUGGGCUAUCAGACAAGUUGUAAACAUAUGAUACGAAUCAAAGCAGAUGGCCUAUAACUUCAAGGUGAGUGCCCAUAAAAAGAUCUAGAAAUAGUAUUAAAUGGGAAUUAAGUGCUAUAUGUUGUUCAUAUUAUGCCAAUGUACCCUUGCCAAAAUUCUGAGUCUGUGUAGAGUUUGGGACUUUUGUUUACCUACCACCAAUAUGUACUUCUAAUAUGUCAGUGCCUUUUAUUAGACAUCUUGUGUGGAUGUAGUUUGGUGGCUUAUUGUCAGCCUUCUUGAUAUUUUUAUCCUCAAAUGCCUUUCCACUUCCAAUAACUUUGUAGAACAUUCAUAGGUUCUAUAUAUCUGACUAUAGCUAAUAAUUCGACACACACCAUUUUUAUAUUAUGAAUUAAAGUACUGUGGAUCUUUGUAUUAAAUAUUUGGAUAUAUUUUUAUUUAUCACACUUGAAAAAAAAGCCACACUUUUUUUCAAAGCAUACCGUAUUUACCAUCAAUCGUGUAUCUACCUGGUUUAUGAUUACUUAAGUAAGUGUUUGUGCAUUGAAUCACACUUGUAUUUAUGUUGGUAGUUAGAGUGAGGCGGAGUACAGUAGCGAUUUGUAUUGAGUUUGGAGUGAAAGGGCACAGUAACCAAGACUGGUAUCCAAGGGACAUUAUUUUUUUUAAAGGGAACUAGGCAGAACACGGAGGAGGGUUAUGGGCAUGCCACCCUCUUACUAAAACCUUCACCAAUACUGAGAAAUAAAAAAGGGAAUAGAAGUCAAAACUAAACUGUCUCCAACUGUGCUCUCUGGUAAAAAGGGAGGAAUGGGUGGGAAUGACUUUGACUUUGCUUGUUUGAGUCUGACAUUUUCACCACUUUGCUCUGUGUGUGUGUCUUUGUUCCUGUGUGUUUGUGUGUGUGUGUGUGUGUGUGUGUGUGUGUGUGUGUGUGUGUGUGUGUGUGUGUGUGUGUGUGUGUGUGUGUGUGUGUGUGUGUGUGUGUGUGUGUGUGUGUGUGUGUGUGUGUGUGUGUGUGUGUUUGCGUGGACAUACUUAUGCUUUUUGCUACCACUUCUCACCCAUACACUCCCGCAAUUAGUCAUUGAUUUCUUUCUUUGCCUCUCUUGACAUUUCUAACCAACCUUAGGGUUUGUUUGUUAGCUUUCAUGACAUGGAUAAAGCCUCCAGAAGUCUAUUUUAAUUGAGCCCAAGUAGUAUAAUUCAAAAGAAUAUAUAUGCCAUUUAGCAGACACUUUUAAACAAAGUGACUUACAGUCAUGCAUGCAUACAUUUUACAUAUGGGUGGUCCUGGGAAUCAAACACACAAUCCUGGCAUUACAAGCACUAUGCCCUACCAACCAGGCCAUACAGGACCCAACUAAGCCAUACAGGACAAUUAUGCUAUACAAUAUCUAAUAUGAAUUGGGAGACAAAGGCCAACAACGAACAAACAAAUUAUUCAGUAAUUAACAUAAGCUUUAACAAGGAUGCAUGGAACAGAUAGAUGAAAUAUAUAUUGUUUGAACUGAACCAGUGUCUGGGCCUGUGUUUCUUUUUACAGAACAAGUCCUUUUACCAGGCCUUCACUCUAGUAAGUACUGUAGUAUUUGAAUUGUUGAGAAAAUAUUGUUUUUCUUCUUCUUUUUACUGUUUGGGGUGCAGAUAUACUAAAUAUUUGUGGGUGUGUUCGCACAUUCAAACUAUCAUCACAAGCAAAAACAAGUUGAUAAUUCACUCGCGAUUAAAUUGCACACUCACUUUCUUUCACUGCAAUGGUAAAUGAACUAUAGUAAAUUAGCUCCAUGUGUUAUUUCCACACUGGGAAUAACGAUAUUGGAAAAAGCCAAAGUGUUUUAAUUUGUUGAUCUGAGAUGUAUGUUAUUGUGUUUUUUUGCUUGUUUAUAUUUGCCUUUUUCAAUCAGUCAGUGUGCUAUUGUUUGUUUAUUUGUUAUUGUGCACAUCAACCAUAGCCAAUGUAUCAUUUUUAAGCACGAUGAACAUAAUCUGUAUACAUUUGCACAAGGCACUCACUAUGUAUGUACAUAUGCAAUAUGUAUUUGAUGUCACAUUUAUGAUUUUGUUUCAACUUUUUGUACAUGUGCCUGAGCCAGAUUUGGACUUUUUGUGAAAAUUGAUGAACAGGAGAACACUUCAAUAUCAAACUGUUUUGUCAUCUG